AAAAUAAAUAUAAAACUUUUAAAUUUUAAACUAUUUACCUUUGUUUAAUAUUGUUAAUUAGUUAAAUAAUUGAAAAACAAAAAACAAUAUUUUUUUAUUACAUUUUUUAAUUAAAAGAAGUUAAUAUUUACUGUGCAGCGUCAACAUGGCUGCGUCCAUAAUAUCAUCAAAGAUGAAUACAGCAAUGGUUGUUGUGAAAUGCAUGGAAAGAAGAGGAGUCUUCCCAUUGAUGGUUAUCCAGAAAAGGUUCAAGGGUAAUAAACAGAAACUGAAAAUGAAAACAGAUGACUCUGGUUCAAAGACAGGGGGUGGUUCAGGAUCUCAAAAAGUUCUGUUUCCAGAAAUCAGCCUGGUUCCAAGCAUUGAAGGAUCUACAGCCUCUAUUGCGAGCAAAGGAAAAGGAAAAAAGAAGAAACAACCAAUUAUAGUACAAAAUUAUUAUGGUGAAAAGCCGUUAGAUGAUGUAUGGAUAAGUACCCACUAUCCAGUACCUGAAUAUUCAUUAGGGGAGAUACUCAAAAGACAUAAGGAAUAUGCACAACCUGCUAUGUUUAACCAACUGGAUUCAAGAAUCUAUGCUGAUAUGGAAAUUAGUCUCAGAACAAGUAAAAAGACAAAGUUUUUAUCACCUUUUAAAUCUACUCUAGUACCACCACACCUGUUUGACAUUGGAGUAAAAAAGAAGAUUAUUGUUGUUUGCAAUGAAAAAGACCAAAUAAAUCUUGCUCUGAAACUCGGAGCUUAUCAAGCUGGGGGAGAUGAUAUAGUGAAAAUGUUACUAAGAGGUACCAUAAAAAGAUCUGACUUUGACUAUCUAUUGUCUGUGCCAGGGUAUGAAAAGGAGUGGAAUCAAUUACAAGGCUCGUUUGGGAAUGCUGCUCCAUCAAUCGGCAGAGGAACAAUAAGUAAAGAUAUAGAACAGAUGGUCAAGUUAUAUUUACAUGGACUUACCUAUGAAACAGUCAAGACUUCACAAUCUCUGGCAAAAGUACAGGUUCCAUUUGGUCAGUUGGCAAUGACAAGUGAGCAGUUGACAGAAAAUUUCCUUUUUCUGAUUGAUGAUAUAAAUAAGAGGAAACCAGGAGGUUCUUCAGGUAAAUUCAUCUCAUACAUGACGAUAGUAGCGCCACCUUCACCUGAACGUUUUAUUCUAAACCUUGAUGAAUAUUCAGUAGUGAAAAAGAAAGUAAAGAAGGAAUUACCUGUAGACCCCCUACCAGUAGAUGAUGAGAAAGUUAUGCAGAUGGCAUGAUGAAAAUUAUGAGAAAUUAUGUAUAAAUCAACUUUGAGGAAAAUCUUUAUAGAUUAUGACAAUAUUACUGUGAUAUGGUUUGAGUGAUUGAAAUGUAUUACAAUCUUUUUACACUAAGAAUUUUCAGUUUACUAAUAGGUUAAUUGGAAAUUUGAAAAGGAAACAUCAAUGCAAUAAUAGUGACAGUCAGCACUUUCUUGAUACAUAGAAAAUGAUUAUGUAUUUUUAAAUUUACUGUCAUACAUAUAUGGUUUUCUAAAUAGUCAGUACUGAAAUAAGAAACCAACUGCAAGACCUUUUUGAGUGUACAGGACAAUUUUUGUUAUACAAUGAUUGUAAUGGAGAUUUAAAUUUUAGUUUUAUGAAUGCUUGUUGAUGAAUGGUGUUGAUAUGUUUGCUAUUAAAAGAUAACUUGAA